AUGAAUCGUGUCAUCUGUCAUCGCACCGACCAUCUCUGUUCUCACCUGGAUAGAAGUGGUCAUCGUCAGCAGCCCAAUUCUCACCGAAGACAGCCUCUUCGGUUUUCCAUCGGGCAUCCAGAGGGGAGUAGAGGAAUGUCAAAAAUCGAAGAAAUUUCCGUGAUUCAUGUGAAUUCGGCAGUGGAAGGUACGGUGGGCAGCCGAGUAUGGACGAUUAAAUGGAAUCACAAUGGUUCACUGCUUGCCAGUUGUGGAGACGACAAAACUGUUCGAAUAUGGAAGAAAAUAAAUAAUUCGCCAUACUUGGAGUGCGCCACGUCCAUCGAUGACAGCCAUUCGAGAGCCGUUCGCUGUGUGGAGUUCUCCCAUUGCGGUCGGUAUUUGGCAUCAGCAGGCUUCGAUUCUUGCGUGGUCAUCUAUAGCCGGGAGGAGGGCGAGUUCAUGGAGUCGAAUAAGCUGGAAGGUCACGAAAGCGAGGUGAAAUGCUGCGCGUUUUCACCUACGGACGAAUUCCUAGCUACCUGUAGCCGUGACAAAAGUGUAUGGUUCUGGCAAAUGGAUGAGGACGAAGACUUUCAAGUGUCGUCAGUGUUGCAACCUCAUACUCAGGAUGUAAAGUUCGUCACCUGGCAUCCAUCAGAAGAGUUGUUGGUCUCCUGUAGUUACGACUACUCGAUAGUGUUUUACAAGUUCGACGGAGAGGACUGGAUAACUCAACAGAAAAUUCCUGAGGCCCACAAAGGGACGGUGUGGUGCGCUGCGUUUGACUCCGAAGGGCAUCGUUUGGUAACAGUUGGAGAAGAUCACAUUGUACAGUUAUGGCGACGAAGUUCUCCACAGCAGUCCGCAGUGAGCGACAAAUGGCAAUCUGUGGCCAAGUUUCUAGUGGAGGAUACACGAUUACCUCUAUAUUCAGUUUCUUGGCAUGCAGUGACUGGUCUUAUCGCUACCGGUGGAGGCGAUGGAAUGAUC